UAAAAGAUGUAUUAUAUUUUACAGAUUCAUCUGCUACAAUGUCGAACAGUAACCAAGAGAAGAGCAGCAGAAAGUCUGACCAGACCAAACAGCAACAGGCACAUGUCAACAGAUCACAUCAUGAUGCUACACUGAUGAAUCCUGAUAAAGGACCUCCAGCACUUUAUCGUCUGAACACAGAAAGAAAAUAUAUUGAUGGGACUGAUAAAAGGGUCAGACAGUGGACAUAUGGAAGAAGAGACAGAAACAAGCAGAAUAAAGUCAUCCUGAUGGUGGGAGAAACCGGCACUGGGAAAACCACCAUCAUCAACACCAUGAUCAACUACUUACUGGGAGUGAAGUUUGAGGAUCAAGAGUUUUAUCAAAUCACAGAAGAAGAUGAAUAUAAAGAUCAGUCACAAUCCCAGACACGUGAGAUCACGGUUUAUGAGGCGUUUGUUGAAGAAAGCCCAACAUCUCUGACCAUCAUUGACACUCCAGGAUACGGACACACUGAUGGACUCGAGAAAGACAGAGAGAUUGCUGAGUAUCUGACCAGAUUAUUUUCAGAUAAGGAUGAUGGGAUUCAUUACAUUGAUGCAGUGUGUUUUGUGAUGAAGGCGUCUCAGAAUCGUCUCUCUGACAGACAGCUUUACAUAUUUCACUCAGUUCUGUCUCUGUUUGGUAAAGAUAUAGAGGAGAACAUCGUGUUUCUACUCACACAGUCAGAUGGAGGACCUCCAACAGAUGCUCUCAAUGCCAUUGAGAAAGCAGAAAUACCCUGCAGAAGAGAUGAAGACAAAGAACCUGUUCACUUCUUAUUCAACAACCGACAGAAACAGAAAAGAGACAAAAAGUAUAAUCUAGUUUUGAGAUCAGCCUGGGGAAUGGGAGAGGAAAGCAUGAAUGAGUUCCUCAAACUCCUGGAAGAAAAGAACAGAAAAAGUGUUGAGAUGACAUUAGAUGUUCUGAAGGAGCGAAGAUGACUCGAGGCCUGUGUCUCUAAUCUGAGGCAGAGAAUAGAGGAGAAGUUACAAACUAAAGAACUGAAUCAGAUUCAGGAAAUCCUCAGACAGAACAGAGACAAGAUCAAGAAGUGUGAGGACUUUCCGUUUACAGUCAAGAAAGUUUUCAAAGUAAAAGUCCCCAUUGAAAAUGAGCAGCCGUGGAACAGUUACGCGACCUGCUGCUCCGUCUGUGAGGAAAACUGUCAUGAGUGGGGGUGUUAUUGGGUCUCUUCUGAUAAUCUCUCACAGUGUUCAGUCAUGAAAGACGAUCACUGCACUGUGUGUACUGGAAAGUGUCAUUACAGCAAACAUGUCAAAGAGGACAAAAAAUAUGUGACGAAGACACUGGAUGUCACAAUGUCAUUUGACGAGCUCAAACAGGAGUAUGACAGGUUCAUGAAAGAGUCACAGAAUAUAACAGAAAUAGAAGAACAGCUGAUCAGAGAUCUGGAGAAGACUAAAGAAGAAAAGUCCAGACUGCUGUAUGAAGCUUAUACGGCCAUCACGAGUCUGUCUAAGAUCGCACUAAAAGCCGACAGCGCUUUCACUCUUCAACAUCUGGAUUUCCUGAUUCCCAGAUUGAAGGAGGAGGGAAAAGAGGAAUGGAUGAAGAACCUGCAGGAUCUGAAGAAAGCUGGAGAAGAGAAGAAAAAUAAAGGGGCUGUACAGUAUGUGUGGGACCUUACUGGGCAAACAUUUAACAAUCUUUUCAGUCGUGGUAAAAAAUAAUAAAUGCAACAAAUCUGAAAAUACACGAUGAAAGAGCAGAACAGAUGGUAAUCCAUGAGUGAAAAUGAUUCUCAAAAUUUCUUUACGUGAUCAAAUGACUGAAUAUAUGAAAAGUUCAAUCAGGCAUAAUAGUUAGAACAAAAUUGAUGAAUGACUGUCAUUUAAGUUUUAUUUAGUCUCUGUUUUAGUAAUUCUGGAAUGAAUUUUCUAUGUAAUGCACUAUGUUUGCAUUUUCUAUGUGUCUGAUUUUCCUUUAUUAUUGUAAUUAAGGUGGUAUUAUAGUUGAACAGGUUUCUUGGUCUCGUGUUUCUAUCAGUGGAUGUGAAUUAGUUUGGAUCUAGUUUUACUCAUGGAAAGGCCACUGUUCACCACAUUACUGUGUUUCCA